AUGUCUGGGCUACCAUCUCCAACCGAGGAGACCAAAAAAAGCCCUCUGGACAUUGCGAUCAGCAGACUGCAACACCAACUUCAGAUUGAGACAAACGAACGCCCAUGGCUUGAACGAGAUGAAAGGGGUUAUCAGAGUCUACAGACCCUCUGUGUUGCCAAUACGUCAGGGGAUACACUGGUCAUAGUUAGGUUCCCGCCUGGAGACUUUGUUGACUGCAGCGGCCACAAGUGGACUAACAAGGAGUUCCUCGUGGAAUCUGGGCAGCUGCUUGCCACCGGGUCAUCAGUCUUCGCAAACUUGCUCUCUCCAAAGGUGCAGGCACAAACAAGACGUCUUCUCAAUGGCGAUUAUGCAAUGUAUCGCUAUGUCUUAGAUCUAACACCGCAGACCGAAGGCGAUGAAUCAGCUUCGAAGGUCGCAGAACUAUCACUGUCUAAUGGGGUAAUAGACUGGUGGAAAUCUCAAUACGUCUUGACGGUUUCCAAGUCCCUCGUGGGUGGACAUGAUGACAACUGCCCUUAUCACAUUGAAGCGCUUAUUGCAGACGAAGAAAACCGAGAGAUGGCACGGCAGAUAGAGGGAUCAAUAGAGCUCAACAAGCUGCAAUACCCACGGUUUAGAAAGAUCUUGGACUACUGCUCAAUUCGCCAUCGAGCUGCUAUUAUCCGCUUGCUUUUGGCUAUAAGCUACAAAGACCUUGUCUUAAACUCCGCUUCGCGAGCAUUCACUAUGACCAUGGUUGCUAGACAGUUCGACUGUGUUAAAGUUGUGGAAGAUCACGUUUUAACGUGGUUGAUGGCUGAGCCGAACCAAAACUUUGUUGAAAUUAAUGCUGAAGAUGCUUUCAAGAUAGCUUGGGUAUUGGAACUACCAGCUAUUGCUCGUAUGGCCUUUCGGGUCAUAGUAGUAGAGAGAGCCAUCGAGAUCCCCUUCGACAAGAUGGCGGGAACUUUCAACAGACGAAAGAUGUCGAUAUUCCAACGCCCACUAGGAAGUCUUGCCGAUGAGCAGGAAACCUGCGUUGAACAUGCUGCACAAAAAUUAAUACAGAGAGCAAAGGAUUUGUUGACUGGGCUCCGGUCCGAAGCUAAAUUCCUCAAAAUCAAGUCAUGGCCAGUUCUUCCCAAAGAGCUCCGUGCCUGGAUGCGCCAAGCUGUGGAGGCGGCUACCGCAAUUCCGGACGACGAUAAUGGCGUAGUACUAUUGCGUCAAGACCUGAAUCGGGCCCGAUACGUAUCGGAAGAUAUGAGAGCUCCGGCACAGGAUAUCUAUACGAAUUUACUUCCAGCCCAAUGGGUACUCACAACCUACUUCUGGGAAUUGAUUAAUUCCUAUAGUACCCCGACUCAUCCUAGGUGGAGCGCCAUUACCUCCAAGUAUCCCUUUCCCGCUCAAGAGUUUGCUACUGCAAUCAACAAGCUCAACGUCCAGUGGGCGUGGCCUCUGCUUGAAGUAAAUAUAGAGAAAACCGGCCCUUUGAUAUUUGGUCUGUCUGAUGAAGAGUUCAAGUUCCUCCCGCUAUGGGCCGGCGGCUUGGAUGAUGGAACAGGGGGAGUUUACCAGGAGGAAAUCCCCAAUGCAGUGUAUGGCUUCCCAAUCGAACCAGGCCCUGUUUUCAUCACCGGAGAGUCCAUUCCCGAUGCUAGAUCGUCGACCCUCGACGAUGCCACCACGAUUUACACCGGUGUUGACACAGUUACUAUGACGGAAGGGUUUUCAGUACAGGCUACUCGCUCACAGGCUAUUAACACUGGUCACGAUAACGCCGAGUAUACCGCGUUAACUACCGCCACCACCGGUCUUUCGCUCGCCGCACCCCAACAUCCCAUCCUUACCUCGAAUAUGGACGUGGACAGUGAUGUUCCAAGGGCACGCGGAGCUCUUCACAUUGAUGAAGAUUUCGAUUGGACUGCUGGUGGCUCAGAGUGUGAUAAUCUGAGCGAUCUAGACUGUUCUGACUCGGACUUCGGCUUUGAGGAGAUCAAGUAUGAGGAUCAAGACGAUAGUAACGCCAUGAACUCGAUGUCCCUCCACUGA